UAUCUGGAAAUCAGACCAUGUGAGGGGGACUGGUGUACAAAAACCUCUCCAAGAUGCUGAGUUGCCCACAGGCUGAGUUCCCGAGACUCUGAAGUAAAUGUGGGUGAAGGUUUCUCCAGCUUGGAUAACUCCAAGGAAAGCUCUUCAAAGCCACCCGAAGGACAGAUGGUGUUUGUACCUUCACUCUGAUGGCUUCAAAUGUGGAAGAAGAAUUCUAAAAGUGUUGGGAAUACACUGGGAAUAAGAGUGUGGGAAGACAAGCCAGAAGGGAAGUCUGUGCUGCUGUCCAUCUGCAAGUGAUCAGAACACAUUUUGGCAAAAAAAUGGAAAAAAAGGCAACUAGCAAUGAGACUGAGCCACUGACUUCCAAGAGAGAUGUCUCAGACUGUAAUGAAGAAGACUGUAAAGAGAACAGACUUCUGGCCAGGAACCCUAAGUCUGCCCUGCGGCUAGUGGAGGAUGGCAAUAAAGUCCAUCCCAGCCAGGGAGAUAAAGGGGAGGCAGCUCAGAUCUCAAAUGGUUAUUCAGGGGGGCAGAGCUCUGUUCCCUGCAAUGGAAUGGGAGAGGUGGAAGAUGCCCAGUGCACUGCCCCAGCAGCCACAACCACCACUACAACCACCACUUCCACCACCUGUGGAGCAGAAGGCCAGCAGCAGCUGAUGGAGCUAGAAGACAGAGAGACCUGGAGCAAAAAAAUUGACUUUCUGCUCUCUGUCAUUGGCUAUGCAGUGGAUCUGGGAAAUGUCUGGAGAUUUCCUUAUAUCUGCUAUCAAAAUGGAGGAGGAGCAUUCCUCAUUCCUUACACAAUUAUGGCCAUCUUUGGAGGGAUUCCUCUCUUCUAUAUGGAGCUAGCACUAGGACAGUACCACAGGAAUGGCUGUAUUUCAAUUUGGAGGAAAAUAUGUCCUAUAUUCAAAGGAAUUGGCUUUGCCAUCUGUAUAAUAGAUCUUUAUGUAGCUUCCUACUACAACACCAUUAUGGCUUGGGCCUUUUACUACCUCGUAUCCUCCUUCACGGCGGAGCUGCCAUGGACUAGCUGCACAAACUCUUGGAACACAGGCAACUGCACUAACUACUUCAGCAAGGACAAUGUCAGCUGGUCCCUGCACUCCAUCUCUCCUGCAGAAGAAUUUUAUACCCGCCAAGUGCUACAAGUGCACAGGUCCAACGGGCUGGAUGACCUGGGGGGAAUUAGCUGGCAACUGACUCUCUGCCUCUUGUUAAUCUUCACCAUUGUAUACUUCAGCAUCUGGAAAGGGGUCAAAACAUCUGGCAAGGUGGUAUGGGUGACUGCCACAUUCCCUUACAUCAUACUACUUAUCCUCCUAGUGAGAGGUGCAACUUUGCCUGGAGCUUGGAGGGGUGUCCUCUACUACCUGAAACCUGACUGGCAGAAACUCCUGGCCACUGAGGUUUGGGUGGCUGCAGCAGCUCAGAUUUUUUUCUCUCUUGGACCAGGUUUUGGGGUCUUACUGGCUUAUGCCAGCUACAACAAAUUCCGUAACAACUGCUACCAAGAUGCUCUGGUCACCAGUACUGUGAACUGCAUGACUAGUUUUGUGUCUGGAUUUGUCAUUUUCACUGUGCUGGGAUACAUGGCUGAGAUGAGGAAUGAAGAUGUCUCCGAGGUUGCCAAAGACACUGGACCCAGCCUUCUCUUCAUUACUUAUGCUGAGGCCAUUGCAAACAUGCCUGCUUCCACUUUCUUUGCCAUCAUCUUUUUCCUGAUGUUACUCACGCUGGGAUUAGACAGCACGUUUGCAGGACUAGAGGGAGUGAUUACUGGAGUACUGGAUGAAUUCCCACAUGUCUGGAGCAAACGCAGGGAAUUGUUUGUCCUUGGUCUGAUCAUCGUUUGCUUUUUGGGGUCGUUAGCAACUUUGACAUUUGGAGGUGCAUACGUGGUGAAGCUGUUUGAAGAGUACGCCACGGGUCCGGCAGUCCUAACCGUCGUGUUUCUGGAAGCGGUGGCUGUGGCCUGGUUCUACGGCAUCACCCAGUUUUGCAACGAUGUGAAGGAGAUGCUGGGCUUUACCCCAGGCUGGUACUGGCGAGUUUGCUGGGUAGCAAUCAGUCCCAUCUUCCUUCUGUUUGUCACUUGCAGCUUCCUCUCCAACCCUCCUGAGCUACGGCUUUUUGAUUACAGCUAUCCCUACUGGACCACAGUAGUAGGUUAUUGCAUAGGAACCUCUUCUAUCAUCUGCAUUCCCAUCUACAUGGUUUAUCGGCUGAUCACCACUCCAGGAACACUUAAGGAGCGUAUCCUGAAGAGCAUUACUCCAGAAACAGCUACAGAAAUUCCUUUUGGAGACAUCCGCAUGAAUGCAGUAUAAGCUAACCUGGUUUCUGGGGGAAGGAGGGGGGAGCAUAACAAGCACCUUUCCCCACCCUCUCCCCUCUCCACAGAAUUACAUUUCCAGUGCAGACAACAAACAGGAGUUUUCUGUGGAGGCUGCGUCACUGACAACAGACAUUUGGAAACACAGUGCCUCCAGUACGCUUAUCCAAGCAACUCAAUGAAAUCUGCUGUGCACUUCUAAGCAGACUGGACUGACCAAGAGCUAAAUCCUUCUGGAACCAUGAGGAUGUCUGUGUGCAUGAGAACAGCACUACCCUACGUGUAGGCACAGGGCCAUGCGUGUAGGACAAGCAGGGCUGGGUGAGGCUGGCUGUAGGGUGCCCUGUGGCAGUGCUCCUGUAUCUCCCUCAAUGUGAUUGUUCGUACUGGGCCAUGUCGUAUUUGCUUCUAAGGUUCUAACUGCUUCAAGUACAUGGAAAAACCCCAAGAGUAUUUCUGAUAGCCAUAAAGGGUUUUAUACACUAGAAAUACAAACAGUCAAUUCCCUAGGUUUGUAGAGGAGUAGACAGAGGAAGAGGAAUCCAUCCUGAGCAGCACUAUACACAGCUCUUCAGACAUUAGCACACACAUUUGGUAGCAUCCUCCUCCUCUUCACUUCCUGCAUUUUGUAGAUGGUAAAGGUUUCUAUUAGUUGUUUCUUGCCCAACAAAUACUACCAAAGCAGUUUUUGUAAUGUUGUAGGCUUCACUUUUCUUUAGACCCACCCACACCACAAAACCUCAUCAUGGCUUACUUGGCAAGUACCCAAGUUGCUGGCACUUACUGUACUGUUUUCAUAACCAGAUAGUCACAAAAUCAUUGUCCUGACAGACCUAAAGCAUCCAAAGAAACUACAGACCAAGAGGCCAGAAAGUGGAAUUUUAAAGAUCUGCUUCUCUGCUUUGAUUUUUUGUUUGGUUGGGUUUGGGUUUUUGUGGGAUUUUUUGGUUGACUGGCUGGUUGGGUUUUGUUUGGUUUGAUUUGUUUGUAAAUAAUUUCACACCUAAAAUUUGCUGGACCCUGUGUUUUUUUCUAUCCUUUCCUAGCACAGAACUAAGUUUAGGAAUAAUCCUUUUGGCUGGCUGGAAAAGGUAUAGAUAACAAACUACCACAAACCUGCUUUGAAGCUUUAUUAGCUUGUAUUCUGAAGUGAAUGCGUUUGUUUUUCACCUUGAAGAAGAUGAGAAUUUUUUUUUUAAAGGAAUAGUGUUCAGCAGGAUUCUCAUCAGAACUAUUUAUAUUACAUGAUAUGCAAAUUAACCUCCAUGCACAUGCUAACCUCUUUAUAUUAUAUGCAUACACCUGCUCUCCUAGUGUAACUGCCCCUCAGACUGACUGCAGCUGCCAAGUCAGUUGGAGGACACAAGUUCAGAUAAACCUAAGCAGGCAUCACUUAUGCAAAAAAUAAGAAAACCCCAACAGACGAUAAGAAAACUAAAAUAAAAUAGAGGAUAAAAGUCUCUUUUGUAUCUCAUGGUCUACUUAGGUAAUGUACUGCUAACAUUAACAAGGUUAUGUUCAUUCAGAGCAGCAGGCAUGAAGAAACCUGCUGGAAGAGUUUACACAGGUACAAAGAACUUGUGGUAUCAGAUGGUGGUACCAGAAGCAGGGAUGGUGUUUGCCUUUGGAAAACAUUUUCGUCACUUCCACCAGGGUUUUUCUCCCUAAGGUGAGCAGACACCUCCUGGAGAAAGGUUGUAGCUAGUUAAGCUCUUAGAUGUAGCUACUGACCUGACCUCACUUCACUUUAGGUCUCAAGCCCAUUUUCCAACGGGGACAUAACAGAAAGGGAAAAGGACUGUUGUGGAACUACAGACAACAGACUGCUAAGCUGCUUUUUAAAAGGGAAUCUGUUCUUUCAUUGCCACCAGAAAAACGCACAAUAAAUCUGUUUUACUGGGCAGUUACUCCUAAGAAGUAGUUUUGUAGCUUAGCCCUUGAGUAUAUUUGAAAACUAAUUCCACUUCACUGUGAGGAAAAGAGGAACAGGCUGGGAAUACUUUUAAUGCUGGAAAGCCAUUUAGUUAAGUUACCAAUCUGAAAAUUACUGAUUUUUAAGGAAAUUCAUUAAUUGAAAAAAUAGGUAUGAACCAUCAAUGUAAGGUGAAGGAGAUGCUCAUAUGGAUCCAGUAUCAAGUGUGGGAGAAACCCCACCCAGCUUCUCCAUUCUUCAGACUGGUGCUCAACUAAUGCUAGGUAUUUUCCCUCCUAAAGGGAUGAGUACUUUAAAUAGAUACAACUUACAAAUGGAAUUUCUUGCCAGAUUUGAUAGUUUCAUGCUAGGCCUAUUCAAAGGCAAAAACCAAAACAACAAAACCAAAAACCCCAACUCUGACCGCCCCAAACAACCCAAAACUUAACAACUUUUUGGUCAUUUACCAUAUACUCACUUGUGAAAGCCUCUUAACAGUCAGUCUGCUGCCUUUUAUUAGGAAGGGCAAAAGGAGGGGACAGAAAUGGUUGAGUUAAAGACAAACUUUAUCCACAUCAACCCAAAAGUUUCUCUUUCAGCCUCUGCAAACAAACUGGGACCAUUACUUCUACUGGAAUAAUUUUCAGGGUAAGAAUUGCAGGAAUCACUGCUAUUUAGUGUGCAACACCACUGAUGUUCAUCUUUCAUCACAGCAUUUGAAAUGGCAGAAGAUGCAUCUUUCAUUUGUAUUUUUUUUGAGACACUAAUGGACAAAGGCAUUGCUUCUCUGAGUGGUUUGAGCAUGGGAAGCUGAGUAACUUCCCAAGAAGUGUUUUGCUAGUUCGUGAGAAGUCAGCUGAGAAGCCCUGACAUUGAUAGAAGCUCCGCAACAGUCAAAGUAAAAUAGGACAAGGUCUCUCAGCUUCAAUUUCUCAGCUGCAAAAUGAGAACUUGGGACUCAGAGUAGGUAUACUUGACAGAGGAUGAAGUUUGUAAACAUAUUUGAAGAUAUAAGAAGGAAUGUAGCUACGCAAAGUCACAGGAGAUAGGCCAGAAGAUCAUUUGUGGUAUUAGGACCUUAGCUCUUUUCACUUCCAGUCUGAGGACUUUAGGGGAACAGGGGGCAAGGAAGACCUCCAGAAAUGCAUUAAAAGGCUUUCCUUUUCCUGAAUAAUAUAAAGAUAAAAUAUAUCCAUGUUCUCAUUCUAUAAAAGCUUAAGUUGCAAGGCAGGUUAGUCCUCAGUGGGUCUUUGUUACAUGGCACACAGGUUUGAAUUUUUCUCAUUAUCUUUAGUAUCUUUAGCUGGGUGAUUGAAAUGUUGAGAAAAUGAUUUAUUUUGGUAACUAAUUACUUUUUUCCUUCCUUUUACAUAUCCAUCAGAAAACAUUUAGAGUAACCAAUAUUUAUCAGGUAGCUCAAUAGUAACCACACAUCGAACAUUGGUUUUCUACAAAAACUAUCUCUAUUGAUACCAAAUAGGCUGCACUGCAAUUAGAAGUGGUUUGAGGUAAAGAAAAAUUCCCUCUCUUCAUCUCACCUUCAACCUCUCUAUCACACGAGCAUAUCCUGCCCUCCAUUCUGCACAGUGAAAAGGAAAUUAGGAAACUGGUGAAUCAGGACUAUGUUUGCCUUCUAAGCAGAGUUUUAGCUGUACAGAACAUAUUCCCUCCAAGUUGUACAUCAUGCACCUGUAUUAAU